AUGUCCUCGCAAGGCAAUAAAAUAUUGGAUGUUAUUGUUAAAACUCCUAAAGAGAAACAAACUAUAUCAAUUCAUGAGAAUGCUACCAUUUUAGAGUUUAAGGAAGCGGUCUCUUUACAAUUUGGCGCUCCUGUCGACCAGCUAUGCUUGAUUUUUGCUGGGCGCAUCCUUAAAGACUCCGAAACUCUAUCCCAACAUUCUAUCAAGGAUGGUUUAGCUGUUCAUUUGGUCAUCAAGUCCGGCACGAAGGCCCAAACAGCAACGCCGAGUGAAACCACCGGUACUACCACGCAAAACACUCCUCCCAUGCAACAGCAGAGUGAAGGCACUCAACAGCAAUUUCCAGUAAAUUUUGGUAUUGAUCCUUCAACCUUUCAAAAUAUGCAUCAAUAUAUGCAACAGCAGUUGACAAGUAACCCGGAUAUGCUUCGUCAAAUGAUGGACAAUCCAAUGGUUCAGAGUAUGUUGAAUAACCCUGACCUUAUGCAACAACUCAUUGGCAGCAACCCUCAAAUGCAACAAUUAAUGGAAAGGAAUCCGGAGCUUUCGCAUAUGCUAAACAAUCCAGAAAUGAUGCGUCAGGCACUAGAAAUGGCCCGAAAUCCAUCAAUGUUACAAGAAAUGAUGCGUAGUCAAGAUAGAGCUAUGAGUAAUUUGGAGAGUAUACCUGGAGGCUUUAAUGCUCUAAGACGUAUGUACUCUGAUAUCCAAGAGCCCAUGAUGAACGCGGCACAAGAAAUGAACGAACAAAUGCGAUCUUCCUAUACAAAUCCAGGAUCAAACCCAUUUAGCUCUCUUCUCGGAGGUGCGGGAACACAGACCCAACCGCAAUCUCAACAACCCAGUAGUUCACCUAGUAGUACACCUGCUGGCACUUCUCCUGUUCCUAAUCCUUGGGAGAAUAGAUCAACUGCUCCUGGAUCAACGUCUACUGGAAUGUUUCAGUCUCCCGGUAUGCAAAGUAUGCUGCAGCAACUUAGAGAAAAUCCACAACUAAUGCAGGAUACAUUACAGUCUCCUUUCGUUCAAAAUAUGAUGACGCAAAUGAUGAACAACCCACAGCUUAUGCAACAGAUGCUCGCGAAUAAUCCGCUAUUCAAUAACGACCCACAACUAUCAGAACAGAUUCGCGAAAAUAUGCCGAAUAUCUUACGACAAAUGCAAAACCCUCAAAUGCAACAAAUCAUAUCAAAUCCCCAAGCGGUACAGGCUAUGCUCCAAAUACAGCAAGGAUUUCAACAACUUUCUCAUGCAGUACCUUCUACGGGUAAUACGCCUGGCUCCACCACAUCAACUACAACUGGUACUAAUACUACAACUAGUAGUGGCACUGGAUCAACUACCACCACUACUACCAGUAGCACUUCGCCCCAACAACAAGAACAAUUUAAUCAAUUAAUGUCCCAAAUGAUGCAAGCAAUGACUGCAAAUAAUCAGCAGCAACAGUCUAACCUACAACCCGAAGUUCGGUUCAGAACGCAACUGGAACAAUUAAAUGCGAUGGGAUUUGUAGACCAAGCGAGAAAUCUACAAGUUCUUUCAGCAACCGGCGGCGAUAUUAACGCUGCUAUUGAACAGCUCCUACGGUAAUUGCAUAUCACAACCACACCAUUAUCACUUUAAUACUUUACCGCAAAUCACGUGACGAAUUACGACUCAACCACACCUGAGGUCCUAGCAAUAAUAUUUUCUAGGUUUAUGAAAGUAUAUAUAUGGUAUCAAGUAAAAUUACCUGUAAUGCUAAAAGUAACGCAAUUUGAUGAUAGUUUUGGUUGAACAGAUGUUGAUCAAACUACGAUGGUAUUUAAGAUUAAGAUUUAUGGAACAGAUGUAAAGAUGAUCAAUUUCAUGUUAACAUUGGUAAUAGUAAAACGAUGAAAUCUUUCCAAAGCUAAUGCCAUCAUAACCCGUUGCCACUAUCAUUACGUUUCAGUUUUCUAAUUUAUGUAUUGUUAAAGUAAAUUUGCAUUAUCA